AUGACCUACUUUCUCUUCUACUCUCUCUUCAUCUCUGUCAUCAUCUGCGGAACAGCGCUCUAUCUCACCCGGUCACGAUGGAUUCACCUGCUGCCGGUGCCUGACUACAUCUACCAUCGUCUUCCCUCCAGCUUCACGGGCGAUUUGGAGGCUGGCCUGAGUUCCUCCCAGUUUGACAUUACUGCCAACCUUGCAGAUGGCGACACACGAGCCGGCUUGGAUCUGAAAGCAAAGCGAGAGGUCCGAAACAUCAUGAAGAGCCGCAAGGUCGACUUCGAUGAGGCCCGCCGAAUCUAUACCGAGCAACGAUUCGCAAAGAAUAAUAUUGGCCCCGAUGGUCGGCCCCGAGACCCCAAAUUUGUCUCAUUCUCAUGA